CGAGAGCGAUUUCUUGGCAAUCGCAAAUUCAUGAUUUAUUUCUAAAGCGAGGAUAUUCUCGAGUGCGUUGAUAUAUAUGCUUGAUCUAAACCGAGAAAUAUCACCGGUAAUACCGGAACUCCUCUUUGGAGUGUGCCUAUAACAAAUUCGCCAUGUCAUACUUGCAAAAUGGCCCAACGAAACGUCCUGCUAGCGAUAAUUUUGACGUUGCCUGCAAGGUAAUGUUGCUCGGAGAUUCCGGUGUGGGUAAAACAUGCGUACUCGUGAGGUUCAAAGAUGGCGCUUUUCUAUCUGGCUCGUUUAUUUCUACCGUGGGAAUCGACUACAAGAAUAAAAUCGUUGACGUGGAUGGAACAAAAGUUAAACUACAGAUAUGGGACACUGCUGGACAAGAGAGGUUUCGUAGCAUAACUCAUGCUUAUUACAGGGACUCCCAAGCUCUUUUGUUGCUUUAUGAUGUCACAAGUGAAAGUUCAUUUGAGAAUAUUAGGGCAUGGCUGGCUGAGAUCUAUGAGUAUGCCUCAUCAGACGUAAUAAUAAUGUUGUUGGGGAACAAGGCUGAUCUGAACAAAGAGAGAGUUGUUAGCAGGGAACAAGGGGAAAAACUUGCCAAGGAUCAUAAUGUAGCAUUUAUGGAAACAAGUGCUAAGAGUGGACUGAAUGUUGACUUGGCAUUCAUGGCUGUCGCCAGGGACAUAAAACACAGAAAUCUGAAGAGGGCAUCAGAACCAAAGUUCAACAUUGAGCAGUAUGUAGAAUCACAAAGAGAGAAACCUGGUUGCUGUUCUUGACACUAGUAGCAACAAAGAUCUUCGGUUAAAAAGUUGAAUCAAAUCCAAUGAAAAGAAACUAGGGAAUAAAGAGAUUUUUUUUCUGGAGUUGCCCAACAUUUCUUACUUAUCUUUGAAAUCAUAGUUAAGUAACAAUUUAUAGAAUGACUAAAUGAUAAAAAGUGAAUAUGGGGGUAGCACCAAAUGUUAGCAUUUCUGGAAUUACAGGAAGGGGAAUGGCACUGUAAUUGGGGUUGUAUAUGCCAGGAAGGCCUUAUAGCAUUCUUCAUUUGACCUUUCAGUACUUAUAACUGAAGUCUGUUAUAAUGUUAAUAGUAUUGGAAAAACUGAGUAACUUCUGAAGAGUUUUCUUCCUAUUUAUUGGUAGUUGUUAAUUUUAUUUACUACAGAUGGAACUAUCCUUUAAGUGGUAAAAUAAGUACUGGGCUAGAGUAGUAAAAGUAGGGAAAUAUUUUCACUGUCCAUAGUGUCAAAUGGCUUGAGGUAACAGCACAACUAAGUUAUGUGUAACUUUCUUAUUUAUAAUGGUUCCUGAAUUUUUGUGAACAUUUCAACAAAAGUGAUGUUGAAUGAGAAAUUCCACCCAUGUGAGACAAUUGAAGUGAAUGUAGAUCAUGUUGGAACAUUUGGUAAAUGCUUUUAAAGAUGUAUAACUUUAUAAAAUUGAGAGAUGUUUAUGGGUUUAUAGUUGUAGGUGAUAAAUGUCACCCCCCCGUACUCUUGGUGAGAAUCUGUUCAUGUAUUUCACAGGCCUUGGGGUUUUCAAAACCAAAAUUUAAACAUUGUCUCUCUUAAUUACCUGUAAGGACUGUCAAAUCAGAAAACAGAAGAGUCCUUAUUCAAAUAUAUCUUAGCUACAAUGCAGGAUGGUAUUUAAAGAAUUAUCACUC